ACCUUUCACCCGCGCCCAGCGGUCCCGGACGGCUGCACAAGGCGGAAGCCAUGGCGGAGGCGGCGGCUGCAGCCGGUGAGACGGGCGCGAACGCAGGCUCCGGCGCUGCAGCGGACCUGGAUCGGGACCCCGACCGGGACCGUGCGGGGCGGAGGUUGCGGGUUCUCUCGGGCCAUCUGCUGGGCCGGCCCCAGAAGGGUCUGAGUACCAAUGAGUGCAAAGCCCGGAGAGCCGCGUCUCCUGCUACGGCGGCGCCCACGGCCACUCCCGCCGCGCAGGAGUCGGGCACCAUCCCCAAGAAGCGGCAAGAAAUUAUGAAAUGGAAUGGAUGGGGAUAUAAUGAUUCCAAGUUCAUCUUCAAUAAGAAAGGUCAAGUUGAGUUGACUGGGAAAAGGUACCCUCUUAGUGGCAUGGUUUUACCAGGUUUUAAAGAGUGGAUCCAAAAUACCCUUGGAGUAAAUGUGGAGCAUAAAACUACCUCUAAAGCAUCCUUAAAUCCUAGUGAUACACCUCCUUCUAUUGUAAAUGAAGAUUUUCUUCAUGAGCUUAAAGAAACUAGUAUUUCAUAUUCACAAGAAGCAGAUGAUCGAGUAUUUAGAGCUCAUGGUCAUUGUCUUCAUGAGAUAUUUUUGCUCAGGGAAGGAAUUUUUCAUCGCAUUCCUGAUAUAGUUAUAUGGCCAACAUGUCAUGAUGAUGUAGUUAAGAUUGUGAAUCUAGCUUGCAAAUAUAACCUUUGUAUUAUACCAAUUGGUGGAGGAACAAGUGUCUCAUACGGCCUGAUGUGUCCUGAAGAUGAGACAAGAACAAUUAUUUCUUUGGACACUUCACAAAUGAAUCGAAUCCUCUGGGUUGAUGAGCACAAUCUGACAGCUCAUGUAGAGGCUGGCAUAACAGGACAGGAGUUGGAAAGACAGCUUAAAGAAAGUGGUUAUUGUACAGGUCAUGAACCAGAUUCCCUGGAAUUCAGCACUGUGGGAGGAUGGGUAUCUACUCGGGCAUCAGGCAUGAAGAAGAAUAUCUAUGGCAAUAUUGAAGACCUGGUGGUUCAUAUAAAAAUGGUAACACCUAGAGGUAUAAUAGAAAAAAGCUGUCAAGGACCUCGUAUGUCAACAGGCCCUGAUAUCCAUCACUUCAUCAUGGGAUCUGAAGGAACUCUUGGUGUGAUAACAGAAGCUACAGUAAAAAUCAGGCCAGUCCCUGAAUAUCAAAAGUUUGGCUCAGUAGCUUUCCCUAAUUUUGAACAAGGAGUAGCCUGUUUAAGGGAAAUUGCGAAACAGCGAUGUGCUCCUGCAUCUAUUCGCCUCAUGGAUAACGAGCAGUUUCAGUUUGGUCAUGCUCUUAAACCUCAGGUUUCCUCUAUUUUUACAUCAUUUUUGGAUGGAUUAAAAAAGUUUUAUAUUACAAAGUUUAAAGGAUUUGAUCCAAGUCAGAUAAGUGUCGCUACAUUACUCUUUGAGGGGGACCGUGAGAAGGUUCUUCAACAUGAAAAACAAGUAUAUGACAUUGCUGCAAAAUUUGGUGGAUUGGCAGCUGGAGAAGAUAAUGGGCAGAGAGGUUAUUUGCUGACCUAUGUCAUUGCAUACCUUCGAGACUUGGGUUUGGAAUACUAUAUAUUAGGAGAAUCUUUUGAGACUUCUGCUCCUUGGGACAGGGUUGUAGAUCUCUGUAGAAAUGUUAAAGAAAGAAUAAUAAGGGAAUGCAAAGAGAAGGGUGUUCAGUUUGCUCCUCUUUCUACAUGCAGGGUGACGCAGACUUACGAUGCAGGUGCAUGUAUCUAUUUCUACUUUGCCUUUAACUACAGGGGAAUAAGUGACCCGCUGACUGUGUUUGAACAGACUGAGGCAGCUGCUAGAGAAGAAAUCCUUGAUAAUGGAGGAAGUCUGUCACAUCACCAUGGAGUGGGCAAGUUACGGAAGCAGUGGCUAAAGGAAAGUAUCUCUGAUGUCGGCUUUGGGAUGCUGAAGUCUGUCAAGGAAUAUGUGGACCCCAAUAAUAUCUUUGGAAACAGAAACCUUUUAUAAAUCCAGUACUGUUGUUAUGAAAAAAGUCACUUUUCUUUGAAGUCCUCAACUAUUGUUAUGCCAGUAAUCAUAUAUAUCAUGGACUCUAUCUCAGCUACAUUUGUGUGUUGGUUUAACAUAAGUUUGCUUCAUUCUGUAGUUUAUUUUGUUUCUACAUUUAUGGAUUGACAGAUGGUAUUCCUAAGUCUCUCUCAUUUGGUUGUCAUUUCAAAUUUUAGUCAGGCAGCACAAGCCUGCCAGUUGUUCUUGUGAAGGAAGAUGCUGCCAGCUGUUUUGUAUUGAUGUUUCCUCUUGGGAACAAAGGCAGAUUUUGGUGUCAUCUAUUGCUUAUCCAGCCUCUUUUUAAAAAUGUCUCUGAGAAGCAGAUAUUUUGGGAAGGAUUCCACUGAAGAGUGAUACCCAUGUACGUUUAAGGGCACAUUCUAGUGUGUCGGCCAAUAAGGGAGGAUACUCAUAAAACAGUGUUGGCCGUCUUAUUUAGGAUGUUUUCCAUUCUGUAAGGUGCUUGGCCGACCUUUAUUUUUUUAUUUUUUGAAGUUAGUAUACAAUUAUAAAACUUUAAAUCAUCGGUAUACAAAUUAUGCUGUUUGGGGACACGUUUUUGUUCUCCAUGUUUCUGUUUCUACUAAAGUAUGAGUUGUAUUUGUAUCACUGAGAUAACCUAUUGUUAUAUCCUAUUUCAUUCAUAAUAUGUUUUAUAAGAAAAGCUGAUUUAUAUUACUCAGUGUUUAUGGAGAACAGGUUUACCAUGAAAUGAAUGCCUUUAUUCAGCUUAGAAUCCUAAUGUUUGUGAUUGCACAUUCUUGUUGCUAAGAUGCAGAAGCUGCAACAGGAGAGAAGGAAGACUCCUUAUACUUAAUGUCUCCAGUUGGAAGAAUUGUUUGGCUAAAGAAACACAGUCAUCAUUCAGCUAUUGAAUUUGAAAGCUUCAGUAGUUUCAAUGAUAAAAAUAAAAAUCUUUUUAAAAAAAUUAACCCAAACAACAUGAUAAAUUUUCAUAUAAAAGUAAAAUUUCAGUUAAGUUUUUAAUAAUGGCUUAACACCUUUUUUUGAAUUACUGGUUUAACCUAAAUUUUAAAAAACUGUAAUGUAUUAAUACACAUAGCAUAAUCAAAAGUUUGAAAUAUAUUUCUUAAAUAAUGGGGAGAACAUUAAUCACCUUUAGCAUACAUUUUUACAUUCAAACCUAGAUAUUAAAGUAAGUAAAAGGAUUACUUUGAAUCACUGUCUGUCAAGGUUCAUGAUUCACAAUUUGAGAUGGAUUCUUUUCUUAAUGCAAUACCUAACUUUUGAUAAUUUUUUAAAAUUAAUAUUUGAUCAGUAGGUCACAAUACAGAUGAUCCUGUAAAAAGACAUUCUGUCUGUCUAUGUAGCAACAGCGCCAGAGUAUUUUUGGGCAGUUUGAUACCUUUUAUAUCUGAAGAUAGCCUUAACCAGAAAAGUGAAAAUUUAAAAUUGACAAAAUGGUAUUUUUAAGGCUUCAAAAUGAUAAAUGAUUUUAAUUAUUAAAAUUGGCCUCAAAUCUGUAAACCAGAAUUAAAUAUUAGUUUAACAACAAAAACUAAAUAUUGAUUUAUCAGAAGCUGCCUCUCUACAUUGGUGAUUUAUUUUUAAUUAUAAAAUUUCUAGCACAUCUGUGCUUAAAGCCCUUGAUAUUUGAAAGAGUUGGAUACUCGAUGAGGAAAUUACACUUGCCUCUCUAGUUAAAAAAAUCUCAGCUUUAUAAAAUGCAUCUAUUCAUGAAGGUGAUUUCUCUGAUUGGUGAUCAAAAUGUAAAACUUUAAUAUCUCCUGGAGUGUAUACAUGUUUCUGAGUAAUUUUUUUAAAAAUAAAACUUACAGAUUCAUAAGCAGAUCCAUUCUGUUGCAUGUGAUUGUUAUAAUAUUCUUUCCCAGGGAGUUCAGAUUUCAACAACCUCAAAAAUCUGUAUUUGA